UGGGAGUUACUGACAGUGGGUGAAAUAUAGCUGUACUACUAUGCAUCACUGCCAUAUACCUGUACUGUUCAUGAAUUCAUCCUAAACGUUCAGCCUACACCGUGGUGGGACUUGACCACGGAGCUAAUUAGGUCUAUCAAAUUUUCCUUCAACUUCAUCUAGCGCAUAAUUGAACUCGGAACGCAGAUAACUGCUUCAACAACACUGGAUUCUUCUAGUGACCCUCCUCCUGCCUUUCAUUGUUCACCGACAUGUCCAAGUUCCAGCCCAGGCCCGCGCCUCCCCCAGAGGCUGUGCCUGAUGGGGGGUGGGGCUGGGUGGUGGUGGGGUCCCUGUUUGUGAGUUCGGCCCUGGUGUUCGGCCUGAUCCGCAGCCUGGGCGUGUUCUUCGUGGAGUUUGUUCAGCAUUUUGAUGAGAGUGCCCAAGUCAUCUCCUGGAUCACCUCCAUUGGGGUGGCGAUGCAACAGCUUGUCAGUCCUGUAGGAACAGCUCUGUGUUAUGCCUAUGGCACCAGGCCUGUGGUGAUGAUGGGAGGGUUCUUGUCUGGAAUGGGCUUCAUCCUGGCUUCUCAGGCCACCUGUGUCACACACCUGUACCUCACCAUGGGGGUCAUCUCAGGCUCAGGUUGGGCGCUGGUCUUCACCCCCACCGUGGCGUCGGUCAUGCAGUACUUCACGCGGCGCCGCUCGCUGGCCAUGGCGCUGGGCUUCACUGGCAUCGGCCUCUCCUCCUUCGCCUUCUCGCCGCUCUUCCAGCUGCUGGUGGACACGUACACCUGGCGGGGGGCCCUACUCAUCCUGGGGGGGCUCAGCUUUAAUAUGGUGGCCUGCGGGGCCCUCAUACGGCCCCCGGGGGGCCCCAAGGCGGCGGUGGUGGUGGAGACACAGUCCGACGUCCACUCAUCCGCCUGCGCCUCCGCCCUCUCCAAGGCUUACUCCUACCUGGAGCUCUCCCUCCUCUUCCAGAGGCCCUUCCUCACCUACAGCCUGGCCAUCACCCUCUUCAACUUCGGCUACUUUGUCCCCUACGUGCACCUGGUGGCCCACAGCCGCCACCAGGGCUUCUCCCAGUAUCAGGCCGCCUUCAUCAUCUCCGCCACCGGCGUCACCGACAUCGUGGGCCGUCUGGUGUCCGGCUGGUCGUCGGACCUGGGCCGCCUGCGUCUCCCCCACAUGCUGUGCCUCUGGACGGGGCUGACCGGGCUGUUCCUGCUGCUGGUGCCGCUGGGGUCGCUGGGCGGCUCCUACCCGGGCCUGGUGGUGGUCAGCCUGGCCUACGGGUUCUGCUCGGGCGCCAUGACGCCGCUGGUGUUCUCGGUGGUGCCGGAGAUCGUGGGCAUGCAGCGCACGCUGGGCGCCCUGGGCCUGCUGCAGCUCAUCGAGAGCGUGGGCGGGCUCCUGGGGGCACCUCUGUCAGGUUUGCUGAGGGACAUUACUGGGAACUACACAGCCUCAUUCGAAGUGGCUGGCAUUUUCGUCAUCCUGGGCACCUUGGUGACGACCAUGCUGCCUCACUUCUUCUCCCGUACGGCCCCGCCUCCUCUGGCGAGCCCGAGGACCCCCGGCCAGGACACGAAAGACGCCGAGUCGGCACUGAUGAAAUCCCCCUCCUCCUUCUCAGAGGGGCUCAACCACCUGGACACCCUCCCCUUCACUGAACCACAACUGGACCGCAGCAGUCUCAACCUAGACCAGGGGGACCUGCCUCUGAAGCAAGGCAGGAGCGAGGUUGACAACGACUGCUGAUUUCAGCCAUGUCUGACAGAACCUCCAUCAGCCAAUAGUAUCGCCGCCUCGUUUGAGGGGCCCCAUUCCAUUGGGGGGCAUCUGAUUAAUGGUGUGAAGGGAAGGGGUUCUUUCUUGUGUUUCAGUCAGCUGUCAUGUGACCUGUACACCCGGGGUGCUUUGGGGAAACCUUGACUGAUGCCUUUUCUUUCUGCCUUUUCUGUUCCAAGAAGUACUGGAUUCUGAACAUUCCUGCUCAGGCAACACACCCGCAUAAACACACCCGCACAAACUCACCCGCACAAACUCACCCGCACAAACACACACACCCAAAACAGUUUAAAGACAGUGUAGUGUUUUAACUGCAGAAGCUAUUAUAUAAAAAUAACAUCUCAAAUGUAACUCAAGAGUAGUGGACAAAGGGUUCGCUGAAGUGACUGCAGGGAAUGUGCCGGAAGGCUAAAUUCAUGGCCCUGCUGAGACAGCCUGACAUAUCCUUCAUGUUACGGUUGGGUUACUCUACAUUUUGAAUGAAGUCAUGUGCGGUAGCUUUGGCCUUUUUAACCAAGGUCACAUAUCACCACCAUAGCAUCAUUGUCCCUGUAAUGUUUACACACAGGCUUGGGCAGUACGACUCCAAAAAACGAACACUGGUACGAUUAACUUGGGAGUUCUACUGCAGAGGUUUACGGAAUGGGACUGUGCCCAUAUCGGUUUUGCUUUUGCGUGUCUUCUCAGGCAACCGUCCCUGAACGGAGACUGGGAACUGGCUUUACUUCCCGUUCUUUAUCACGGAUGUAUGCCAGGCUGCUGUGUUAGAAGUAGGGUGCUUCAACAGUCUGACGCUUCUCUUUUUUAAUCAAGGUGCUGGAAUCACAUUCAUGACAAUGGUUACUCUCAGGACAUUAAGAAUCCUCUCCACCAUCAUUUUUUAAAUUGAUUUUCCAGAAGACGUGGAGUUAUGACGACAUAUACACUUUUCUCUUCCUGGUUCGCAGCCAAUCACCGGAGAUCUGUCACGUGUAAGGGACCUGACAGGCUGGAGAACCUUCACCAAAGGAACUCUUUGCACCGAGUUACCGUUCAGGCUUGCCACUGUCCUUGCUGUCUAUCCUUAGACUUGGGAAGGUGCGAUGGGGUAUGAUAGGAACAGAUUACUGCUCCAAAGCUCAACAAACAAUACAGAGCAAUGCCAAGUGUCCUUUAUCAACCAUUUCCUAAUUCCUUUUUAAUUUGAUUGUCUUGGUUUAUUUUCCAUUUCCAUCACAACGUAGUGUAUACAUUACUUUGAUGGAGGAGAAGGAGGUGUGGGGAUGGGGUGGGUGGGCUAUCUUUAGUCCAGAGUGCAGAGGACAGGGGACUAGGGCACUAGGAUGUCACCUGUCCUCUGCAUGUGGGGCAAAGUGAUAGUGAGCGACAGUGCAUUCGUUGGGCCUCUGACUCCCUCACUGGUGAAUCGUUCACCUUGGGAAUCAUUGAUUGUCAACAGAUGGAUUCCGAGCUACACUACAGCCUUGGUGAGGAGAGGAAACUGUUCUGGUUGUCAUGUCGAGUCAUUGGCCCAAACCCCUCCCACCUCUUUCCAUAGCAGCAAUAGUGAUUAGAGAGGAAAGUAGACCACCUCUACCCACAUGGAUAUCCACAUAUCACUCUGUGGCCUUAAGGCCCUGAGAUCCUAAAUCAGCCAUGAGACCCUGGAACAACCAAGAGAGACACAGAGAAUAGAACAUCCUGUUCAGCCUUCCAGAGUUCCCUGGUUGUUCCUCAGUAAGCCCCAUGGAUCAGUGCGGUGGACUCUGAUUGGGUAGCCACCCUACUGAGCCAAAGGAAAAUAGGUCCUGAAGUUAGGUUCAUAGUCACACGUCAUCCAACCUCCCUCCCAGUGAGGGAAGUAGUGAUUGUAAGAUUAAAGCCUUCAGACGAGGUUAGCGUGUUGGCCUCAUCCAUACCUGUUUUUGUGUUAGCUCUGAUGCUAAUAAGCAUUGAAAAUCCAGGUUUGGGGGCAGUAAAUCUUAGCAUGUGAGCUUUAAUACUCAGUGCCUGUGAAACAAAGACUUGGGCUUUGUUAAGAAUUUCUCUUUCUCUCUGAGAGAUAUGGAGGACCAAACCUGCCAAAAUCAAAAAUAAAUGAAUAAAUAAAUA